AUGUAAUUACUAAGAGUUUAUUCAACAAUACUGAUGUAAUACUUAAAGCCCGCUGCUUGGAAGCUACAUCAUCUACAUGUAACAUAUACUUGGAAUGGGUACUUGGAUACUCUGAAUGUGACAACGCAUUUGAGGAAAUGUAUACUUAUGAUACUAUGACUGACUUGUUGAUCAGCCCAGAGAAGUCGUUAUCAAAUAUGGGGAACAAAUUUAGUUUUCAGAAAUCUACAAAGAAACUGAACAAAACGUGUGAUAAUAAAGCAUUUUUUAAAGAUCAAGCAGAAAUUGCUCCGAUAACAUUUUGCUCAAUUGUGAACACCACCACUGAACCUAAAUGUAGAGAAUUAGAUCGACAACCAGUUUCUGACACAGGUGAAACUUCGAAUGAACGGAAACCAGGCAAACCAUCAAAGGAGACACGACAUAGAAGAAAUGAACAGGGCUCCUCAAUUAAGCCUGACACCACAUCUAAGCCUAUCACCAAGAGUGAUGAAGUCAACUUAACUACCAUGAAGGGUGGAGAUACUACAAAAGCUACAAUUAAGACCAAUAGAAUCACAAAGACAUGGGUAGAUGGUCGUUACAUUUUAGUGUUUUCUAUAUCAAGAGAUUGUGGAGAUACUGAAAUUGAAGUCACAGUUGAGUUUCAAAAUUCUCAUGGUUAUCUCUCAGCCAACCAAAGGCCACUUCUUGAUUUUUAUGCAGUGAUGUGUGCAGCUUAUACAAUCUUGGCUUUCCUUUGGCUUCUCAUGAUGGCUUGUCAACGGAGAGAUAUGCUUCGAAUUCAGUUCUGGAUUUGUGGAGUUGUUCUAUUAGGUCUUUUGGAGAAAGUAUUAUUUUACUCAAAAUAUCACCACAUAAACUCAACUGGCUAUGCAUCUCCUGCGACUCUUGUGUUUGCUGAGUUGGUGUCCUGUCUAAAACGAACUGUUGCCAGGAUGUUGAUGAUAAUUAUCAGCAUGGGAUUUGGAAUCACUAAACCUCAGUUGCAUCGUGUAAUUGGCGUUGGAUUCCUGUUUUUCCUGCUCAGCGCUAUUGAAGCUUUUCUAGGUGUGCAAGGGAGUGUGCAACAGCAGCUAGUGGCUAGCAUUCCUCUUGCAGUUUUGGAUUUAGUUAUUUGUCACUGGAUAUUUACCAAUUUGAGAACUUUGAGACUACGUCGCAACGUUGCCCACCUUUGGUUUUACCGCCAUUUUACAAAUGCACUCAUCUUCUACAUCAUUGCCGCCGUGAUUUUUGCAGUGUGGACUACAGAACAACACGAAGUAGCUCUAUGUGAAUGGAACGACCUUUGGUUAGACGAUGCUUACUGGCAUAUUCUCUUCUACAUCUUCCUUGCGGUAAUCAUUAUUCUCUGGCGUCCUACUGCUCACAACCAACGCUAUGCAUACUUGGCUCGCACUGAUGCAUUAAAGGAUGAGGAGUCAAAGGAGCCAAUGAUUCCAGAAUCGUUUGAGGGGACGAAGUUGCGAAAUAUCAACCGCCCUGAUAAUUCAGUUUCCACAAAGUUUGAAGGUGACCUGAAGUGGGUUGAAGAUAGUAUUCCAGCGUCUGUAGCAAAUACUGCUUUGGCUGUAUUUAAUGAUUCUGAUGAAGAAAUUGUCAUGAAUAUUGAAUGCAGUAAAUUGGAAUGAACAAGAUGUAAAGUGGUUGAUAAUUUUUUAAUGUAAGGUAGAAAAUUGGAAAUACUCAGACAUGCCAUAGAUCUGUGGAAAUUCCUGCCACAGGUUAGAGUUGCAGUAAUUUGACAUAAUAUGCACUUUUGUCUAAAUGUGAGGUCUCACCACGAAGUGAGACGCAUCGUUGGUGAAAUCAUAUUGAGAUAUUCACCAAAAUAGGUCAAAGGCAACAUUUUUACAAAAUUUUGAUUUUAAUGUUUUUGAAUAACUUGGAACUUAUAUUUUAUGAUUGUGUACUUUUUAAGUGAGUUUUGCUUUUUAAAACAUUUGUAGGUUAAGGAAGGUUCAUAGAACCAUCAGAAGACGUUUGAUUUGAUUUUCAUGUAAAAUUAUAUAUA